AUGUCGGGCGUCAGGGAGCGUUUACAGUUGACUAUCCACAACGGUGUACGACGUCUGCAAACGGCCAACGGGUACUUUCCGUUUUGGUCCCAGGAGGUCGCGGCAUCGGGUACUAACGCGACAACGGCAAAUCGCACCACGGACGAAAGCGGCAACUUCAACGUCUCUGUAGGGACAGAUGCAGACCAGGUCAUACGGGUCUCUAUCAACCCGGGGUCACCAUGCUUGGACGUGUUCACGAAUGUGAAGCUGCCGUUCCAGCUGUCAGCCGUGCUGCCGCCAGACGCCACGAAUGGCAGCGUAGGAUACGGCUCCUUUUUGGGGCUGUCGUACAUGGAACAGGUGCUGGCCGUCAGCAGUACCAACAGCAGCGAUAAAAGUAACCUUUCCACCCCUGAUGCUAGUAAUAAGCUCCUGAGCAAUAUCACAGCUGUACGGCAGGUCAUGCGGGGUUUGUACGGCACGUUCAACAUCAGCUUACCUGGUUUCCGGCUAGAUCCGUUGCAGCUGCAGCCCUUGUCCUUGGUGCGAAGCACCAACACUACAAUCCGCAGCCUAGCGGUGGCGCUUCUUGCGGUGGAGGUGGAAAUGGGAGCGCUGACGGCGCUUGGCGCAGCCCUGCUAAACGUCUCCGCAGUCACAGCUAUUGCUAACGGCACUGCUAAUACCGUCGCGGCGGCGGCGGCGGUGGCCAACAUGACUCUGCUGGCGCGCGCUGUUGCCGCUGAGGGCGGGCGAAAGCUGGUGCAAUUGGAGGCGCAGAGGGAGGCUCUGAUGGCGGAGGCCGCUGCGGCGGCGCUGCAGCGGAACGCAACCGCCAUUCCUUCCGGGAACGCCGAACCGGCUCCGCCGUCGCCGCCAUCGCCGCCGUCCCCGCCGCCGGUGCCGUCCCCAGCCACCGUGGGCGGGCUCUACACAACCGAUGUGGUGGCGGCCGUCCUGACGGCGGCGGCGACACGUGUCGGCGUUACGGUGCCGUCGUACGCCUUGAACGCCACGGCGGCUGUGAUUGCAGGCAUGGCGGCGUACGCUGAAGUGGUUAAGAAUGCGGCGUUGCUGGAAAUCGCCGGCAUCAAUUUGGGCCUCAACCCCCUUAAUGCAUUCAUCUCAUUGACGCGGCUCGCGGCGGUGCAGGCCCUCCACACAUACAUACUGGACGCACUCCCAGAGCGAAUCGGCAUGGCCAGCGUCAACGUGACUGCCAUUCACACCGCCCUGGGCUUACCCCCCCCUGCGACGGCGGUGCCGGCAGCUGGCGUCGCACACGUUGUGGGUCCCCUUAGCGGUUGUAUGGGUCAAGCCACCGGCGUGUGGGAUCCAAGCUACGAGGCUUUCCUGACGAGUGGCUCCGGGGGCCUGGUGCUGAGCGCCAAAGGUCAGGGAUUCGUAACGGUCACGCCGUACCGCUACUGCCAGGACGGCCUGACAAAGCUACAGCUGAGCCUGUCAUUGUCGAACUUGGGGCCGUCAAUGGGGGUGGUGAGCGUUUCCCCUGUGGCGAUGCUGGCGCAGAUGAUGAGUGGCAGGCGGCCCCGCCUUAACGAACCGAGAGUUGUGGGUGUGGCUGUGGGUUUGGUUGCUCCAGUUGUCGUGUGGGACGGAAACAAACGGCCCCAAGGAAACACGCCUCCGCGGGGCCGGGUUGUCAAGGUUUGGGUUUGGGGCGGGUGGGGAUUCCCAGGAGGUGGCGGUGGGAAGAGGGAAACGGGGAGAAAAAGGCGCUGUGUGCGGAAUAUGGGAACGGAGGUAGCGGGUGACUACGUGAGUGCCAGAGGGUUUUACACGCUCCAAGCGUCGCAGGGUCUGCAGGUCAUCGCACUCUCCCAACAGACCGCCGCCUUCGCAGCCGUGGGCCUGAACCUGACCGCUUACAACGCCUUGAUGAUUCCACCGCCGCUGAACUCCUCCGACAGCUUCCCCUCGACGGCCUCCUGGUGGGCCAUGUUCGCGACCUCGUGCAGCUACGCCUACCGAAUGGGCAGCAUGGAGAAUGCCCACACCUUUACCGUAACGCUUACACUGUACGCCGCGGCUAUGCAGGCCGUCGAUUCGGGCGGCGUGUUGCAGCUUACCGACCCGCUGCAUCUGGAAGAUGUGUUCAGCUUCGUCGCGACGGUGUGCUACUUCAACAGCACCGCGCAGCAGCAGCAAUCCCAGAACGCAUCAUCGCCGGACGCUGCAACUCAGCAACAGCAGCAGCAACAACAACAACAACCACAGGAGAUGGCGCCGCAAUCUCAGCAGCAGUCCACCAGCGAUGCGUCCCCCGGUUGGGGCACCUUCCUGUCAGCCGGUAGCGCCACAGCCAUCGGCGCUGCCUCCACCUCCACCAUGAGCACCACCACCACCACCACCACGACCACGACCACGACCACCGGCACUUCCUCAGGCCGCCGCCGCCGCCUCCAUAACCGCAGCAACCGCCUCCUCCGGCGCCUCCUCCGUAGCGAUUCCACCGCCGCCGCAGCAGCCGCUGCAACUGCAGUCGCUAGAGCCAUCUGCGGCAUGUCCUUUCCGGGAUCUCAAGGACUCUCCGGGCAUCACAGGGGCGCGGUCCUAACCCCGCGGCGCUGGGGGGCGGAGUUGUUUGCACUGGGUGUCACAGGACCCGAGCUGCUGCUGUGGCAGCGUGUGGCGGAAGAGCUUAAGGAGGAGACAGCAGUCCGUGGGGGCGGCUGGGGCUGGGGCUGGGGCUGGGAUGUGCAGGUCGGGCAAGGAGGGAGCGGUGCCGGAUGUGGCAGCUGGGGAGCAGGAGGAGGAAAAGAAGGUGGCGGUGGUGGUGAUGACGGGCAAGGCGGAAGGGGGCCCGAGUGUCUUGAUGUUGGGGAGCAGCCAUUGGAGGUUGAGAGCCGGCGGGGCGGCGAGGACUGGAAGGCGAAGGAGCGGGAGUCGCAACCUGUGGCGGAGCGUGUGGCGGAGCGCGGCCUGGCGGUCUACGUGGAUGACCUGGACAUUGUCCAAGUGUACACAAAGGUGGCAGAGAUGCGGGCACAGCUGCGGUCGCAGCCGCCCCUGCCGCAGGCCCUCCUGUCACAGCCGCAUGACAUGCUGUCUGCAACCGUUACACGGGAGACCACUGCAUCCCGCUCCCGCUGGGCAGCUGCUUUCCUUGUCCACUCAACCGUCAACCUGACUGAGCUGUUGGAGACGGCGUCCCAGUUAGGCUUCGUGGUACAGCAGAGUCUCUACACUGAACUGGCCACUUUUAUGGAUGACACGUAUAGCACCGGCCGGGCACUGGUAGAGGCCCUUCAGGGCAUCACCGCUCGGUACACGGGAACGGCGCUCCUUGACCGCAUGUCCGAGGCCAACAUUAACAGAGAGUUAAUCUGCACGGCGAAGGGCGCGCUGUGCGCAACUGCGCCGCCGCCGCCGCCCCUAAAUGGUGGUAGCAGUGGCAGCAGCGGCAAGAAGGCCAACGCGGUGUUGUAUGCAGGCGUGGGGGCGGGCGUGGGGCUGGGCGUCGUGGCAGUGCUGCUGGCCGCGUGGGCAGUACGGCGGGCGGUGCGCAACCGCCAGGUUACAAAGGCCGUCGUCAACAACUUAAAGGCUGGCGACAUGCACAACAUGACUCUGAGGCUGCCCUCCGCCGUACCUCUUGACGGCAUGCAGUUCGGCUCAGUGCCUGGGAAGCCUCUUGAGCCGUACUACUCAUUGGUGCCCGCGGCGCUGGGCUCCGAUCCCACCGUGGCGCAAGACUACCCCCUCUAUCCGGUGCCCGCGCUGAGCCACAACGCCACCAGCAACAUGUUACCGCCACACACCAACGCCGCCGGCCCCGCCGCCGCUGCCGCAGAAGCCAACGCUGGUGGCGGCGGCGGCGGCAGCGAUGUCAAGGGCAGUCUCCCAGGCCAAGCCUCCGUAGGCGCUGGCGGUGUACCGCUCAAUAUGUCGGUGCCGAUGACAAAGCUGCCGCCGCUGACGGGAGUGGCUGACAGCAGCGGCAGCAACGGAGCCCCGGGCUUACCACAAGCGCAUACGCACCACCACCAGCAGCAGCAGCAGCUACCGUACAUGCAACCGUUAUUACAUUCGCAUUUGUCAGCGGCCCUUCCGCUUUCACCUCAGCAAUCUGCGCUGACCAGCGGUGCCGGCGGGACGCCACAACGCGGCACACAUGCUAACGGCGGCGGCAUGUAUAAAACGUAUGCCAACUACGCUUACGUAGGGAUGCCGGAUGGUGGGGGCGUUGGCGGGAGUGGCAGCGUCGGCAGCUUGGCCGCCGAUGAGCGUCGCCUCGGUGAGCCUCAGUUGCAGAGGUGGAAGAGCCAGGGGCUUCCUCAAUGGCGCCUUGCUGAGGGCGCCAGCGGGCCGUCACCACUCGGACCAGCAGCACAGUACAAAUCGGUUGGCAGCGGCAUGUUAGGCGAUGUCGGAAACCGCGCUGGAGAAGUGGGGCCCAGGCAUCCUUUGCAGUCCACCACCUCGAACGUUCCGCAACGCAUGACCCCGUUCAGCGCUGACGGGGGCGGUCAUGGAGUCCUUGGCGCCGCCAACAGCCUGCUGAACCCAAGCACAAGCCGUCGUCCGGGACUGCCGCCGCUGGCGCCCUACACCUCCGUCACCAACCCGGCGGCGCCGACGUCUGCACUCAAUGCGUCGCUUCGCACCAUUCCUGUCAACACAAAUUUCAACUCCUCGCUGCGGCCGCCGUCCUCCUCCCGCGCUUAG